AUGGAUCAUAAUAGUCUGGACCAUGAUAGAGAAGCUCAUGAGAAUCAGAAUUUAAAUAUUGAAACUCUUUGUAUUCAUGCUGGGCAGCCUCCAUAUCCUUCAACAGGAGCACUAGCUAUGCCAAUUUCUUUAUCAACUGGAUUUGAAUAUAGCCAUACAGACAGCUUUAGUGACUUAGAAAGACCUUUGUGUUCUACUGUCCAAUCUUUAGAAGAGCUGAUAGCAGCUUGUGAAUCUACUAACUCCCUGCAAAACUAGAAAGCAAUAUUUUUUUAUUAGUUAGCGGAGUGACUUUAUAUAAUUUCUUUUCGGAUUAAUAAAAAUUCAAAUUUUUAAUAUUUAAUGAUUAAUCCAAUUUAGACUAUCAAUUUAUAUGUUAUAAUUUAAUAUAUAUUAAAUUUUUAUAUUAAACAAUUUUUCAAAAAAAUAUGGAUUUUUCUAAUUUUUGCAUGCUAAAUAAGUGGGUGUAAGUAUGCUAUAGCAUUUCCAAGCGGUUUGGCAGCUAUAUGCAGUGUUUUUAACUUAGCAUGCCCAGGAAUGCACAUUAUCGUGGGCAUAGAUGUUUACAUAGGUGCGAGAUAUCCUUUUUCCAAAUUAACCAACACCAUGGACAAUGUUUCAUCUGACUAUAUUGACUUUUCGAAUAUAGAAAAUGUACGAAAUGCUAUUAAGCCAAACACGAAGGUUAUAUGACUUGAAACCUUUUCUAAUCCAUUAUUAAAUGUCCCUGAUAUUAAAUUAAUAUCAGAAAUUGCUCAUCAGCACAAUAUUAUUUUAGUUGUAGAUAACACAUUAGGGACCCCUUAUGUAAUCAAACCAAUAAACCAUGGCGCAGAUAUCGUAGUUCACUCAGCAACAAAAUUCAUAAACGGUCACUGUGACGUUCUGCAAGGAAUCGUCUGCACGAGUGACCUUGAAAUUUAUCGAAAAACCCGUGAAUAUCAAAGCUUGAUGGCUGACUCUCCUAAUCCAUUUGACUGCUAUCUGGCUAUCAGAGGAAUGAAAACUUUGCAUCUCCGUAUGAAAAAAAGUGCAAAAAAUGCUAUGAAAUGUGCAUUAUUUUUAAAAUCGCACCCGAAAGUUGAUUUUGUGAGAUAUCCAGGGCUUCCUGAUCACCCGAAUUAUGAAUAUGUAAAAAGAGAGAUGAGGAAUGCAGGGGCUGUUAUUACUUGGAGAAUUAAAGGGGGAGAGGAAGAAAUGAAGAAUUUUUAUUAUAGUUUGAAAAUUAUUGAUGUUGCUUAUGCAAGCUUGGGAGGAGUGAAAAGCAUUAUAAAUGACCCAUGGUUGUCGAAAGCUUAUCAAGAGACAUGCCAAUUGCCAAAUAAUAUACUCACUUCCCCGUCCUUUAUAUUAGAACGAUAUUGGUGGAUUUCUAAUUUUGGGUCAAGUAGCGCCCCUUUUAAAGUGAAACAAAAUUUUGAUUUAAUUAGCUUUAGCCCAACUUAGUAAUAGUAUAAGUAAAUAGCUUAUACUGCGAAUAAAAUAAAUUUUUAAUUAGUUUUCAUAAAAAGAAAUUUGAUAAUAUAUUUAAAAAAUAAUUAUUUUUUGUUUCUAAUUUAGAUAGUGAUUUAGAUUUUCGGUAGGAUGUGAGCAUUAUGAAGAUUUAAUUCAUGAUUUAAGCCAAGCUUUAGAUAAAGUUUAA